UCAGUGAGCCUGUGUACGUGUGGCUUUAUAUGAAGAUAUCGCCCGUAGCAACUCGCAUUCCGCACACAGACCGCAUGCUCUUUGCACACGGCCCUAUCCACUUAGCAUAAGCAGUACACCUUAGACAUAGCGAUAAUGAUGGCGACUGCACGGUGUUGUUCCUGUUGUGUCGUGUGCAUAACUCUUCCUCUCCUCCUCCUCCCACCGUUGUCGGUGUCGGCUGAGGAGGGAUUUCCCCGACUUCGACGACAAGCACACGACCACGAACAUGACCACGAUUUGGAAGAGAACUAUUUUGCAGGAAUAGGAAACUAUCUCCUAGAUGAGGAAUUAACAGCAGAGAGAGCUAAUGGCGAUUUUGCAGAAAACCAUAAUCAGAACAUCACGUUAACACAAGUCAACAUCUUGAUUUCGACGCUGUUUGCGAGGAUUGGUUGUGAACACCGCUGGAAUGACUGCUCAGAGUGUUCGGAUAAUUUCGUAAACGAUCUCUUUAACGCCCUUAAUGUUGACCCGGAGUAUGGCCUCAGUGAAGAUGUAUUCAAAAAAGCAGCACCGCUAUUGCUCUAUGCUCUGUACGACUUCGAUGCCUUGUGCGCCGCCGGGCCUGGCGGGACAAAUCUUGAUGAGGAAGUGGUGUACGGGAAGCUUAUGUCGGCUGACGAAAGUGGGACGAAUUCUACCUUCUCUGAAGGGGAUUUGGAAGAAAUCUUACAUUUGAUUAGUGAGGAUUACACGGCUACAACCCAAGCAAAGUGUUUCGAUGCCACAUCAGUCUUUUCCGCUACAGUGGAAAACCAUGAAGCCGGGGCGAGCCAUUGUGAGGUCAGCGCUGUCUCUGGAAACGUUAUAUCGAGAAUGUUAAAGGGAUACUGUAUCGGCGAGGCAAGCUUACCAUCUACUGAUGACUUCACGGAUGUUGUUUUUGAUUCCUAUGGUACAGAUGGAGUUAUUCACAAAGAAGAAUUCAAUCAGUUACUUUCGGAACUUGGUAUCGGGGGCUCCACGGAAAACAGCGCUGGCGCUGUCCAAACUGAAAUGCCGGUUGUCGUAGGUGACGACGACCUUAAUCGUCGUCGAAGGAGGAACGUUCUUAUGGCAGCGGUGGGACAUCGCGUGGAGCGCUCUGCGGGUUCAUCAUCCAAUAACGCAUCAUCCGUUAAUUUGAACGUGUCUGCAACAUGCUACACGGGGGCGGAACUCCUAGACAUUCACGGGAUCGAUCAUGGAUCCGGUCUCACCGAGUCCCAGUAUAUGCAGUUGUGUCCGUCCUUGAUUCAACAGACCCUGUCUGGCAUGUGCAGCCAAAAUGAAAAUCAGACCCCUACUAGUACGAUUACAAAUGCAGAGAUUUGGAUUUAUGGUCACCUAUCUGUCAUCACCAUUAGCCUUCUUUCAGUUGUUGGGGCAUUAUUCGUCCCAUGCAUGUCUGGUUUUGUGUACGAGUGUGCAACGCAGACGAUGAUGGCCCUUGCCGUAUCAACACUUACUGGGGAUGCUCUAAUGCAUCUGAUACCACAGGCUAUCGGACUCCAUGCCCACGGUCAUCAUAAUCAUGCCUUCCAGGGCCCACUCAAUCCUGAGCUAGCCUAUGUGUGGAAAUGCCUCGCCAUAGAACUCGCCAUCUAUUUCUUCUUUCUUCUGGAGAGGUUCUCCGCUAUGACUGGCUGUGGUCAUUCUCACUCGCGAGACAGUGGACACGCCCAUUACCUUGACCAUGAUGCAGGCAUGGGAAUGGAUUCGGUCAAGCCACCUAUAAAGUCGUGUCAAGGGUCAGCAAAAGUUUUUGACUCCUCGAAAAAUCUGGUGAAAGCUGAAAAUGGCCUGGAAGAGAAGAGUCGCUGGACGAAAGGUUGUGGAACAGUUCCUCUGAUGAUCGUCUUGGGCGAUGCGCUGCAUAACUUUGGAGACGGGCUUGCGAUCGGAGCCUCAUUCACUAUUUCGAUCUCUGCCGGUCUCAGCACGACUAUUGCGAUGUUCUGUCACGAGCUACCUCACGAGCUAGGUGACUUGGCGGUACUUCUCAGUCAGGGUAUGCGCCUAUCUACAGCGGUGUUUUGGAACUUCCUCUCCGCGUUAACUUGCAUUGUGGGACUGUGGGUCGGCAUUCCUCUCGCACAGCAGCAGAAUGCUGCUGCCUGGAUUUUCGCUGCUACCGCUGGCACGUUUUUCUACGUUGGGCUUGUGCACAUGCUCCCGAUGCUUCAUUCCUACAGUGGCAAGAAUAAGGGAUUCAUCUUCUUUCUCCAAAACGUCGGCUUCUUGCUUGGCAUGGGGAUAAUACUGGUCAUCGCACUCUAUGAGGAUGCCAUUAACGUCUCGGUUUGAGCAACCACAUGCUCCGCCUUCCACAAGCCUUUAUGAAGGGGAGCACAUGUAAUUUUGUCAAUUUUUUCUUCGUAGAAUUUUCUUUUCUUUAUGAUCCUUGUUUUCACAGGAUCUUUUUUUCGUAGCUUUUAUUUUUUUUCUGUAAGAUCCUUUUUUUCCAUAGAACCUUUACUUUUUAUGAUCCUUUUGCGUAGGAUCUUUUUUUCGUAGGAUAUUUUUAGUAAGAUAUCAUCAUGGUCAUUUAAUAAAAAACCAAGAAUACUGAAAUUCUAGAAAUUAAGAUGCAAAUAGGCAUUUAAGAAAUUACUCUAUUUUUGUCGAACAAAGUCCGAUCAUUGUGUAUUUUUUCAGUACCUGAUGAUAAUUUGGUGAGAUUGUAUAUAUUGAGGAGAAUAAAAAAAGAGUACUGUCACAUUUUAUUUGAAUUAUCAUGGAUAGAUCAACUCAGUUGGUCGCAAUAAUAGAAUAUGCAAGUGUUGCAAUGUCUAUCAUUUCACUUUGAACACAUAGUCGUCAUGCAUGUACGAGUAUUUGUAAGAAAUGGCCUUCCACUUUCCAGUGUUUAAUAAAGCUGUGAAUGAAUUCAUAAUGUGUCAAAAAGUGUGUAUUUUUGAAAUCUAGCUUCAUUACAUGGCAUAUUCUGAAUUGGAAAUGUGAGAGCGAGUCCUCCCCACAAAGUAGUUUUGAAUAUAGCAAAGAACUUUGGAAAUUUUCUUCCACUUCACAAAACGGGUUUUUUUUUCAUAGGAUACCAAGGAAGAAGAUUGCGUUGGUCAUAGCCGGCUGCGGAUUCAAU